GACACCGUGUCUGCCUCUCCUGGACACAACCAAGCAAACAGUCGGCAAAAUGAGUAUUAUGGAAUAUAACGGUGGAUCAUGCAUCGCCAUGGUCGGGAAAGAGUGCGUGGCGAUUGCCUCGGAUCUUCGUCUUGGUGCACAAUCUGUUUCUUUGACGAACAACUUCCCUAAAAUCUUCUCUAUGACCGAAAAAACAUACUUGGGUCUUACUGGCCUGGCCACAGAUGUUCAGACGCUUCACGAGCUUUUUCGUUACAAAAUCAAUAUGUACAAGCUAAGAGAAGAGCGUCAGAUUGAACCAAAAACAUUUGCCAACCUUGUAUCAUCCACUCUUUAUGAAAAAAGAUUCGCUCCUUAUUUUACGUUCCCCAUUGUUGCGGGUCUCUCGAAAACGAACGAGCCUUUCAUCUGUGGAUUCGACUCGAUUGGCUGUAUCGACUUUGCUAAAGACUUUGCCGUGAGUGGUACUGCGUCCGAUCACUUGUACGGUAUUUGUGAAGACCUUUAUGAACCUGAUCUUGAACCCGAAGAUCUCUUUGAAACGAUUUCGCAAGCCCUGCUGAACGCAAUAGACCGCGAUUGUAUAAGUGGUUGGGGUUGCGUUGUUUAUGUGAUUUCGAAGGACAAGUGUAUGAAAAGACUCGUCAAGGGAAGACAAGACUAAGUUGUCUUUGAAAGAUCAUAUGUACGAAGAAAUGGACUUUCACACAAGGGGAUUCCUUUCGGGCACGACGAGUUUGCUCAUGGAGACUGCAGAAAAAGCGUUUGCAACAAAUGGACACGCCAAUUUGUACUGUGGUGAGUAUACCCAGUUAACUCUCACUUUUGCCCAAGGAUAUGCACUGAUGAUGAUAUACAACUUGGCUUGCCAAUACCCUAGAUCUGUAAUGAAGAAGAAACGCUUGUUUCGUUUUCCUCAAAGA